AUGAUGCGCCUGUUUGGAGUUAGACUUCUAGUCAAACAUUGUGGCCGAGAGAGGAACUUAUCUCGGCCGUCAGGUUCACGGCCUGAGCUACAAGGCUGUUUAGUGGUGGUGUUGGUGGAUUUUGGGGGUGCUCCGGCGCGUUGCUCAGAGAGCGACGGUCGUAUGAUAUAUGGGGUGAAUGAGGCGGUAACAAGGAUGAUGCUCCGGCGCCUUGAGAAAUCAAGGGUCGUAUGA